AUGGGGGGCCAUCGUUACGACGCCCACGUUGAAAAAGCCAUGUACAAACGUCGUCAAGUCAAGCAACGACCCCUGAUAGUCCCCGGGCGGUCCGGCCAGAGCGUCAUCAAGACACAAGCUUGGCCCGUACAAAAGGAAUCACACGCCGUGACGGAUGUUCUGUACAGGUGGUAG